UUUUUCCCUCUUUCUAUUCACUUUUUUUUUUUUUAUUCUUUGCUAUGGCAUCAUUACAAUCACUCAAGGCACCUAGUCUUGUCAGCAAGAAGACACAAAAAGAAAUACAAAAAAAUGACGACGAUGUUAUGAUUGAUCCCAAUGCUUUACCCAGUCAACGUACAACUACCCAAGAAGAUGUUACUAUGGAAGAAGGAUCUGAAGCCAAGCCUUCUUUUGCUGCUGCCAGUGCUGCUGAAUUGAAUACUGUGACCAAAGGACAUCGAAGAAUCCCUAUUCCUCACCAUCGCAUGUCACCUCUCAAACGUCAUUGGAUGGAGAUCUAUUCACCUUUAGUUGAACAUAUGAAAUUACAAGUACGAAUGAAUGUCAAAUCUAGAACUGUAGAAAUUCGAACAUCGGAUUCAACAGAAGAUACUGGGGCAUUACAAAAAGGAGCUGAUUUUGUUCGGGCAUUUGCACUUGGAUUUGAAGUUGCUGAUGCUAUGGCCUUGUUACGACUGGAUGAUAUCUAUUUGGACUCUUUUGAAAUCAAGGAUGUUAAGACUUUACAUGGUGAUCAUUUAGCCCGUGCCAUUGGUCGUAUUGCUGGUCGUGAUGGCAAAACUAAAUUUACUAUUGAAAAUGCAAGUAAAACAAGAAUUGUUCUGGCCGAUACCAAAAUCCACAUUCUGGGCUCAUUCCAAAAUAUCAAGAUUGCUCGUGAUGCUGUGGUUAGUUUGAUCUUGGGUAGUCCUCCCGGGAAAGUAUAUGCAACUUUACGUACCAUUUCUUCUCGUAUGAAGGAACGUUUCUAGAUAUAUUUAGCAUUCUCCUCCAAUUAACUCUAUACACACACACACUCUCUCGUUACUCAUUUGUCAUUAUUACUGAACAUACUUCCUUUUUAUCAUUCUCUUCUGUUAUUCUAUUUUUUUUUUUUUCAUCUUCAUUCAUAUAUCUAUUCACUAUGGGAAAAGCAAUAUCAGAUUUCCGAAAUAAAUAUCAGAUUUCCGACAUUUUAUGAAAUCCUUUUCGUAUUUCCUGAA